AUGCUAUCCACAACAUCCCGCGUAACAGUUGCCCGUUUUGCUUAUCAAGCCCUGAGAACUGCGCCUCGAGCGUUCGCGGCUGUUGCGCCGAGCGUCUUUCGUCGACACAUCACUGUGGGAACUGACGGAUCCAAUUUUAAUUCUGUCGUCUUGAUGGUACCUCAAGCGGAAGAGUGGAUGAUUGAACGUUUUGGGAAGUUCCAACGCGUUGCAAAGCCAGGAUUGAACUUUGCCAUUCCCGUUGUGGAAAAGAUUGCCUACAAACGGUCGCUGAAGGAGACGACCAUUGAUAUUCAUCCGCAACAAGCCAUCACCCGAGACAAUGUACACGUCACCUUGGAUGGGGCCGUCUACACUCGCGUGGAAGACCCUUACAAGGCUAGUUACGGGAUUGAGAAUCCCGAAUACAUGAUUUCCAUUUUGGCUCAAAGUGCCAUGAGAAAGGAAGUUGGGAAUCUUGAACUGGAUGAGCUAUUUGAAGAAAGGGAAAAACUAAACAUGGGCAUUGCAAAGGCGCUUGAUGAAGCCGGUGCCCCCUGGGGUAUUCGUAUAUUUCGGUACGAAAUUGCCAACAUCAAUGUGGGCGCCUCCAUCAAAGCGGCCAUGGAACGCCAAUCGAACGCGGAACGAGUGCGUCGAGCGGAAGUCUUGGAAAGUGAAGGAUACCGCCAGCGGCUUAUUAAUCAAUCCGAGGGAGACCGAGAAUCCGAGAUCAAUCGCGCCAAAGGCCAAGCCGCAGCAACGAAAUUGCGAGCCCAAGCUGAAGCAGAAACAAUAAAAAUGCUGGCAGAGGCUGAAGCAGAAAAAACAAAACAGGCAGCCAAAGCCGCAGCGGAUGGGAUUCGUUCCAUUGCCGAAGCCGUGCAAGUACCCGGCGGGAAGGAUGCAGUAACGCAACGCUUGGCAGAGCUCUACAUUGAGGCAGUUCCUGAGAUUGCAAAGCACAGCAAAAUGGUCAUCGUGCCUGACCGCCCGAAUGAUAUUUCUGGUGUCGUAGCCACUGCGAUGAGCAUAUCUGGUGCAGUCAAUGGCUCUAAUAACUAA